CGACAAUGGUCAAGAUUACAGUCAAGACGACCCAACAGAAGGUCCAUCAUGUCGAAGUCGAGCUGACUGACACCAUCGGCACCGUGAAGCAGAAGAUCUCGGAUGAGCACGGUCACCCAGUCGCUGCACAAAAGAUCAUCUACUCUGGCAAGAUUCUGCCCGAUGACAAGACUAUUGAAUCAUGUGCACUCAAGGAGAAGGAUUUCUUCGUCCUGAUGGUGUCCAAGCCCAAGGCUACCCCUGCUGCCUCAACGAGUACCACGCCUGCACCGGCCACCCCUGCACCUGCUGCCGCCGCACCUGCCACAGCUCCAACGCCCGCUGCCGCCCCAGCUCCCGCUCCAUCACCCGCUGCUCCAGCUCCAGCUGCUGCACCGUCAGAAGCGACUACCGCUGCCCCUGCACAGGAAGGCUUUGGAACUGGAUCCUUCCUCUCCGGAGCUGCAUAUCAAAAUGCUGUUCAAAACCUCGUCGAGAUGGGUUUCCCUCAAGAGCAAGUCGUCCGUGCAAUGAGGGCAAGCUUCAACAAUCCUGACCGAGCUGUCGAUUACUUGAUGAAUGGAAUUCCUGCACAUCUCGAAGCAGAGGCUGCAGGCCCGGCUGCCCCUGCUCCUGCUGCCGGUGGUGCUCCUGCUGCUGCUGCUGCCCCUGCUGCUCAAGCUCCUGCCCCUGCCCCUGCUGCUCCCGCAAACCAGCCUCAGAACCUCUUCCAGCUUGCGCAACAGCAGCAGCAAGGUGGUGGAGGCGCCGGGGCUGGAGGACCAACUCUUCCUGGUGGGCUCAACAUCGAGACCCUACGAAACAACCCACAAAUCGCUGCGAUCCGACAAGCUAUGGCUCAGAAUCCACAAGCAGCACAGGCUCUCAUUCAACAGCUUGCACAACAGAACCCUCAGAUUGCACAGAUUAUCGGUUCCGACCCUGAUCUGUUGACUAACCUCUUCCUCCCUGGUGAAGGAGACAUCCCCCCUGGCGCCACCGUCGUCAACAUUACACCAGAGGAGAACGCAGCUAUCGAAAGGUUACAAGGCCUUGGGUUCCCCCGGGAAGUGGUCAUCCAGGCGUACUUUGCGUGCGACAAGAAUGAGGAGCUCGCAGCCAAUUACCUGUUCGAGCACGGCUUUGACGACGACGACUAAUUAGCUAGCGGUGACGGUGAUACCUGAUUGUAUUUUUGUAUCUGUUUUUAUGCGCGAACGAAUUGUAGCCUUAAGUAUUAUUGGGAAUGGACUUCUGGAUUCUCCGUCCUCCGUCCUCUGCC